CCCGAUCCAACCGCCAAAACUUCUUUUCUUUCAUCAAUCUUCUUUUCUUUUUGGAUUUCCAAAAAUCUUAAACAAAAAUGAGACCAAACCCUAGUUGGGUUCUCUUCUCACUUCUUCUCAUCAUAAUUCUCUCUUGCUUUGUGAGUGAAAUCCAUGGCAGCCAAAAGCAAGCCAAGUCCCUCGUCCAUUUGAGCAAGCCCAAGUUGAAGCAAAUCUACGGCGUAGACACGAGCCUUUUCGCGGUGAAUACUCACGGCGACCACGACGUCGACGACAAUGUGGAAGAGAAAAACGGCAUUCACGAGGGCUUAAAAGAGAGAGAUAGGACCGGAAGAUUGCCGGGACAGCCGAGGGUGAAUUUCACUCAGUAUGGUGGUUAUGUCACGGUGGACAAAACGGCAGGUCGUUCGCUUUAUUACUAUUUUGCUGAGGCUCACUAUCACCAAGACUCCUUGCCUCUUCUUCUUUGGCUCAAUGGAGGACCCGGGUGCUCUUCACUAGCCUAUGGAGCAAUGCAAGAGUUGGGACCAUUCCGCGUCUACAGCGACGGCAAAACUCUCUACACGAACAAAUAUUCAUGGAAUUACGCUGCCAAUGUUUUGUUUCUUGAGUCACCAGCUGGGGUGGGGUUUUCAUACUCCAAUAGAUCAUCAGAUUAUGCUGAUAGUGGAGACAAGAAAACAGCAGAAGAUAAUUAUCGGUUUUUGGUGAAUUGGUUGAAGAGAUUUCCUGAAUACAAAGGCAGAGAUUUCUACAUUUCUGGUGAAAGCUAUGCUGGGCAUUAUGUGCCUCAACUUGCACAUACCAUUCUCCAUCACAACAAGAGGGCCAACAAGACAAUUAUCAAUCUCAAAGGAAUCCUUAUUGGGAACGCAGUGAUUAACGACGAGACCGAUGAAAAAGGAAUGUAUGACUACCUAGCGAAUCAUGCCUUAAUCUCUGAUCAUGCCGCUAACAUAAUCCAAAGUCACUGCGAUUUCUCGCCUAAUGCUACUAAGCAAUCUCCGGCGUGCAGCGACGCCGUCGAUGAAGCAAACAAGGAUCUUUACUACAUUGACAUCUACAACAUUUAUGCCCCUUCUUGUGCUUCAUCCAACCUCACUGCCAAACCCAAGAAGGCUUCUUUGAGAAAUUUUGACCCGUGCAGUGAUUACUAUGUUCUUGCAUACUUGAAUAGAGAAGAUGUACAAGCUGCCUUGCAUGCCAAUGUGACAAAGCUCCCUUAUGACUGGGAACCAUGCAGUGAUGUCCUCAAAAAGUGGAAUGAUAGUCCCUCCACUAUUAUUCCUCUCUUACGCGAGUUUAUGGCCAAAGGUCUUCGUGUCUGGAUUUUUAGUGGGGAUAUAGACGGAAGGGUACCAGUAACUUCAACCAAGUACUCCAUAGCCAAGAUGAACCUUCCUGUGAAGACAGAAUGGCAUCCUUGGUUCUUUGGUGGAGAGGUUGGUGGAUUUACAGAAGUGUACAAGGGAGACCUAACAUUUGCAACAAUAAGAGAGGCUGGGCAUCAAGUGCCAAGCUACCAGCCUGCCAGAGCUCUCUCACUCGUCAAACACUUCCUUGAUGGCACACCCCUCCCAGAUACGACUAAAUAAAAAAAAAAUAUAUAUAUAUAGUUAAUUAAUUAGUUUAUCCAAUAAAUUAAUUAAUCAAGGUUUGUCCAGCGUUUUCUUUGCUUUAAUUAAUUAGUUUCUAGAAAAGUCUUACAGGGUAGCUCACUUGGCAUUCUCUAAUGCUAAUUUACUUCCAUUUCAUUGAUUAAUAAAAGAAAUGUUCAGAAAUUUGCUUA